AUGGCUCCGUCCCCUGGCACACCUCUGGGUGGCGAACGCCCUCGGCAACGCAGCCACUCACCUCGCGGGGGGGCGGCCCUCCACGACCCCAUGGACACCGACGGAGGGCAGCCUUCCUCUCGCGGUCGAGUCUUUUGCCCUGUGCCUGGAUGUCUGCAAGGCGACCCCUUGCGGGCACGAGGGUGGGCUUCGGUGGCAUCCAUGCAAUCGCACAUUGAUGCGCACCUGGCAGGCAGUCUUCACGGGGAUGUGCCCAUUCCUUGGCUCCACUCGCACAACCGUACUCGCUGCCUUGAGUGCGGGCUUAGCGUCUCCAGUCGGCAUGGCAUACACCCAACCUGCCGCGCGGCUGCCAGGGCCGCAGCCGGUGCACCUCGCAGCGCCGCUGCCGGUGACACCUUGCCAUCACUCGACGCAAUCCUGCUGGGCCGCACCCGCACGCUUCGACAUGUGCCUGCCGCAGCCCGCUACCUGUGGGGGAAAGUGUUGACCCGAGCCCUUGCAGCAGCUGCCCACCACAACGACAUCAGGGCUUGGCAAGAACUGCUCAUGCUUCCGCAGGCGGUCCUUGAUGCCCCACAGCGCGGAGGGCGCAAACACGCCAAGGCCGUGGCGGCCUACACGUUGGAUCGCUUGCAGCGGUGGGAGUCUGGCGAAAGGGCUGGCCUUUGGGAAAGCCGCCGGCCCCCAUUGCCCCCCAGUGGCCGUGAACGUACUGCCAACCAACGCAAAGAGCUUGCUACUGGCUUGGCCCGGGAAGGCUUCGACAGUAAAGCCUGCGCAGCCCUUCUCGCCGACGGCCUGUGCGCAGAGACGCCUGCCACAAUCGCAGCACUCCAACAGCUGCACCCCACCCAGCCCAACCCAGCGGUGCCACCGUUCCACGAACUGUGCCCAGGCCCGUUGGUCGAGCCUGACAUGGUCGCAAAAGCUCUACGCAGCUUUCCUGCUGCAUCCGCUCCUGGCCCCUCCGGCCUCCGAGUGCAGCACCUUCGGGAUGCAUGCUCCCCUGGAACUAUAGGCACCCUGCACCAGCACUUGGCCGCCGUGGUUGCGCUUCUGGCCAAUGGUCAGGCAUGCGAAGCGGUGGCGCCUGUGCUCUGCGGUGCACACCUGGUUGCCGUCCCGAAGCCAAAAGGAGGCGUGCGCCCCAUCGCCAUCGGGGAGCUCUUGCGGCGCCUGACCGGAAAGUGCCUCAUGAGCCAACUCCACACUUCGGCCCGACAGCAUUUCUUCCCUGCCCAGGUCGGGUUUGGCACCACCAUCUUGCAAUCCGCUUGUGGCGUCCAACAGGGUGACCCGUUGGGCCCUCUGCUGUUCGCUGCUGCUUUGCAACCAUUGGCGGAGGAACUUCGCUCUGGCCCCCUCGACCUGGCAACCUUCUAUCUUGAUGACGGCGUCAUUGCCGGUGACAUCGACGCUGUCUCGGCGGCCCUCUCCCACACACAGGCCCGGUGUGCGGAGUUGGGCCUGCGCCUCAACCUUGCUAAGUGCGAGAUCAUCAAAGUUGGGCUCACUACUGAUGGGCCCUUGGCCACCAAGUUCCCAGAUACCCUCCUCCGGACUAGCAGCGGGGAGAGCAAGGUUCAGACUCACUUCGAGCUGCUGGGGGCAGCCAUUGGAGAUGCAGCUUUCAUUGCUGCCCACACCACCGCUCGAGUGGCCAAAGCCAGCGCCCUCUUGGAUGCCAUCGCGAGCCUGGAAGACCCUCAGGUGGGGUUACGGCUUCUGCGCUCGUGUGCCGGACACACCCGCAUGGUCCACAGCCUGCGGUGCAACCCGCCCGAGCCGCAGCUGGCUGCCCUGCAAGCCUUUGACCACAAGGUCCGCAGCUCCUUCAGCACCUUCAGCAUGCUCACCGGCAUCCACCUCAGCAAGCCACAAUGGGAACAAGCUGGGCGUGCGUUUGGACAGGCUGGCUUGGGACUUCGGUCCACCAUCCACGACGCCCCAGCAUGCUACUUGGCCUCUGUCGGCUUCACGUCGGAGAGGUCCUGCCAACUUGACGCAGCCUACAACUCUUUCCCCCCACGUGUUCAGCCAGCGGUCACCACUGCACUGCAAGCCUUCAACCAAGCAGCUGCCGCCCCCUUGACGGUGGAUGUAGCUCUUACCAAGAACCAGAAAGCCCUCACGAUGCUGCUAGACACCGCCAGCUGGGACCGACAGCUGCAGACCGCCACUGUUGUUAGCCAAGCUGUUUUGCGGUCCGAGGCUGAACCUGGGGCCCGUGCUUUCCUUGCAGCGCCGCCUUCUGGCAAAACUCGGAUGGAGCCGGCGGUUUUUGUCACAGAGCUUCGGCAACGGCUGGGCGUGGCUGACGCCAGCACGGAAGCUUGGUGCCCGCGCUGUGAUGGGGUGUUGGACACGUUGACCCUCCACGCAGCUGUGUGCUGUGCAGGAGGCGAGCGCACUGUCCGCCACCACGCACUCCGGGACAUCCUCGCAACUUGGGUUGACCGAGCGGGGUUGCAGCCAGAGAAAGAGAAGGGAGGACUCCUGCUACCCCAGCACCCUGACGAUUCCAGCAGCAUGCGGCGGCGGCCGGCAGACUUGUACGUACCUUCAUACCUUGGUUCACCUACUGCCUUUGACCUGGCCGUCACGACCCCCUCGCGGCAGGAAACCUUGGGAGAAGCAGCGCGCACCAGUCUGGCGGCCGCUUCUGCGUAUGCGGAAACCAAAGCAGCCCAUUUGGACACUGCUGCAGCAUGUCGGGGGCAAGGGGUUGAAUUUUUCCCCCUAGUGGCCGAAACUACAGGCGCCUGGGAGCCGAAAGCUGCCGGCUUCCUCCGCAAGAUCUCCAGCGCUGCAGCUGCCCGUGAAGGGGCCGAUGGAGAGGGGCUCCGUGCCACACUUCUGCAAGAGCUGUGUGUGGCUGCUCGAACUGUCCGGGCCCAAGCAGUUUUGCGCCGACGUGCUGAGCUCGCCAUGGCAACCACACCUCCUGCCCUGUAG